AUGGACCCGUAUGGCUACGUGCCUUUCGACCCUACUGGCGGAGGCUAUGGAUUGCCACAGAUGAGACGACCGCCGAGUCCCGUGCCAAUGAGUUUCCGGGGGGGAGUUUCCCCCCAAGCCGCCGGACCCCAACAAAAACGAACAAGCAAAGUACUACAACUGCCACCACCUCAACGGAACAAGAGGAAUUAUGACAUCCCUCUCCCCAAUGAUUGUGAAGGACUAAUAUAUGCUCUGGAGGGAAAGUUCAACUGUGGCGAAGAAAUUGUGUCGGACGCUGCGACGAGGAUCCUGAGGGCGGUAACGGAGCGACGGGCGCAAUUGCUGGAGGCAGGUUCGUCUGGUUGUGAAUCGUUCAAGUCAUUGGUAUCAUCGGUGCCGCAUCGUUUGAGCAGUAGUCAGAAAGCGAGCAAGUUGCGUGUACUGGAAUCUUCGUGGGUGACGUCGGCGUACUUACCGAAUAUAGCGUUGAAUGUGUUGGAGGCGCGUUUGACGGAGGUGGAAGUCUUGUUGAGUCAGUUCUGGUGCACCGGCGAGCGGACAUGGCUGGAGGGACAAGGUGGUGGCCCGGCUUUAUUACAGGCACUGGACGCGAAGCGGUUGACGUUUGAGACGCUGACGACACUCAGUGAGUUGCUGCAGACCUGGGUGUACAUCCGCUGGAUCUGCGGGGUUUUUGAGAAACCGAAAGUGCCCGAAGAAGCGCUCAAUGUCGUCCCCAAAGAACGACGGAAAAAAUUACCCUCUGUCAUUGUCGCCAACCCCCCACCACCACAACCCCGUGGCGUUGGCCGCCCCCGUCUGGUACCCGUCCUGUCCAUGGGCGACUUCGUGGACACACUCCAGGACUCGCUUGACCUCAGUCUCAUGAAACCCGCUGCCACCCCUACUAUCUUCUACCGAUUGGUGAAGGCCACUCUCCGACUCACAGACGUUUGGCUCCCACUCUUCAUCGCCGCUGCCGAUGAGGCCGAACGACUCGCCCAACUCGAAGAAAGCGACGACCACACCCUCACCGAUCCACCCGCCUUCCCCAUCCACCCCGACCACGCUCUCAUACCGGAACCCCCGGCGCCGCAAGACAGCACCGACCGGAUGGCGCGAGAAAAGGCAUCUUCCACGGGAGGCCCCUCUGCGGUGGGGGGCUCCGCCAUGGCGGGCUCCGACGUGACGGGGGGUGAGUUUCCACAAGGCCGUGGGGCGGAGGGGCCUCGAAGUUUGGUGAACGACGACGGGUCCUCAAUCUUCUUGACCGCAGAGGCCUGGGACAAGCUUGCCGCGUCCGUGUUUGUCGACUCGGAGCUACGCGAGACGUUUCUCGAAAGCAUCAAGGAAGCCGAGUUCUUGGUUUGGCGCGAGAACCGGCGCAUGUCCAACCCGAGCUCGACUGCCAUGGGGGUGGAGGUGGCCAGCAACAAUGGCCGGCUGCAGUUAGAGCAGAGGCUGGAGCGUGAAGAUUUGUGUUGCGUCCACCCAGUCGUCGGUUUGGGCAACGUCUUGGUCGCAGCCUUGGUUAGAUUAGCUAGUAUUCUAUUGCAGGUGGGGGCGCACGAAGAGCUGCGCCUGAAACUGAUUUCUGCGUUCAAGCAUGCCUGGACCACCCCGCUCUUGACCUACCAACCGGAGCAGUACGCCCUGGGCACACACUACCUCCCAGCGCUGUACAAAAGCACUGGACUCCACUUCCUGAACAUACUCCUAGACUUCGGCCGAGACCAUCUCUCUCUAGGGACCAGAACGUUUGCCGCCGCACUCCAGCUAUCCACAACUGGAACCGCGGCGUCUCGGAUGACGACGACUGGGACGGCGACGGAGUCGGGGACUGCGACGAGUGACCGCGAGUUUCUGGAGACAUUGUGCGAAAUAGCGGCGGAUGUGAUGUUGCUUUUUGGACGUUUCGUUACCUCGGAGUUGUUCCCUUCGGUCGCGCCGACGGACGCCCGAAUGCUGGAUGCGAUGGCCCCGCAGUGUGGAGGGCUUCCGGUUGAGAUUAACAGUACCAAGUCCGCUGUGGUUCUGACUUUGAUCGGCAUGGAAGAGUUGGAGGGUUAUCCGGAACACCGCGCGAAACGGGUAUGGUACGGACUACUGUUUUGUGCAUUCGGGGCCGCGGUGGCGAUUGCUAGACAGCACGGCUUGGUGAAUGCUCCCUCUCCGCCUGUGGUCUCCGGAGACGAGGUUGUGAUCAAAACACUGUUGGAAUGUGUCCCAGAGAACGUGCGAGAUCGUGCUGUACAACUCAUCAAACAGCGAGGCUAUCAAGUGGACCGCUCGCAACCCUCACCCGCUUUCAAAGAAGACGAUUUGGACACUAUACUCAGCGAUACAAUCGCACCCACACUCGGACCUCCCGUCCCCAAACCCACUGGACCUAUGGACACGUACGACCAAAAGGUGGACGAAACUAACCUUGACGUACUAGAAGACAUCCUCUACGCAUGCACCACCAUAUUCCUCGGACUCGUACGAGAAAAUGAAAAAUUCGCCAAGUUCCUCUCCAGCCACAAGAAAACCUUAAAGAAGGUACACAUCUCCGUACUACACCAAAUAUUGCCACCUUCCAUGCCACCCGCCCUGCCACUCUACAGUAACCUCCAGCGGCCCGUCGUAAGGGUACCGACAGCACACUCUAUCUCCCCCCUUUUAUCCCACAUUUAUUCCACACUCGUUUUACCUUACGGUUUGCAUUACGGUAUAUUACUCAACGUUAGAUCGCCAUAUUAUCUCGGUCGUCGCUACUGA